AUGAGGACUAUGUUUGUUUCACAACAACAUGGUGGUAAUGGUAGGAGGAAAUUUCAGAAGCCUAAUAUACUUAGAAGGCGGUCCAAACCUCCGACAAAACAAAAUAUUUCAGUAUCUAGCGAAUCUCCCGGUGAACAACCUCUAGUCACUUCUACAAUUGAACAGGAACCAAAGUUGCAGCUAAAUGUAUUAAGAGAAGAACCUUUAGGAACUGUGGACUCUCAAAUAAAAAUUGACAAUGAAGCCAUUGACAGUCAUAAAUGGUGUCUUAAUUUUGGGGAUGAGGAUCAGGAAAUUGUGAUUGAAGAUUUUGAUGGAUCCCAACUAGGCAGCUUACGUAUGGCACAAACUCCUUCAUUGAACACUUCACUGCCAUUAGCUGCCAUAUCAAGUGUGCAAGAAAUGAUUCCUGUACAUGAGGCUAGUCACAGUGUGACACCUACACAGAAUUUGUGUUUUGAAUAUUUCACUAGCACCAUGAACUAUAAGUGUACUGAACCUGGGUGUAGCAAACGUUUUAAAAGUGAACAAAAAUUAAACAAGCAUAAAGAGGCUCAUAACCCUACCAGUGGUGCCAAACUGACCAGGCAUUCAUCAGUAGAAUGCCCUGUGAAAAAGGAGGUGGAUGGUGGCAUAAUGUCUUGUGGCAGGGUAUUCAUUACCAAGGAUGCACUUCUGCAUCAUCUUGACAAAGACCACAACCCAGAGGAUGCACAGUAUAUUUGCUCAGUGUGUUCACGGCGCUUCUUCUGGGCAAUCGGUUUGCGCGCGCACUCGCGCACGCACUGCGGGCAACCUGCGCCGACGCUGGCCUGCGCGUGGCCGGGUUGCGACCGCGUCUUCCGGCAGCCCUGCCGAUUACGGGAACAUACUCGCGCACAUACCGGCGACAAGCCUUAUCCGUGUCGAUACCCUAAUUGCGGAUGGUCGUUUCGCACCGCGUCGAAACUGCUGCGGCAUGCGCGGCGGCAUACGGGCGAGCGGCGGCACGCGUGCGGCGCUUGCGGCCGCGCCUUUCGCCGCCGCGAGCAUCUACGUGACCAUGCUGCUCGGCACCAUCGCCUCAAGUGUAUCUGUCCACACACGGGUUGUUCGCGUACUUUCAUGAGUGCUGAGGCGAUGUCGACGCACUUGCAAAAAGUGCACGGGGAUGCUACCGUGUUCACAGAAGCCUCCUUUGAAGGAUCACUUGGUUCUGAUGGUGAAGGGAAAGAUUCUCUUCCGAUGAGUUUAAGUUCGGAUUGUUUGGAGAGUGAAACUCGUAUAUCACUCGAAGCUAUGGCGAGUGAGGAUCGCGCGGCGCGGACGCAUUGCACGUGGCCGUUGACGCGCGACGCUAUGCCGAUCGAAGCGGUGAGACCGGCCCUCGUUGAAGAUCCAGAGUUUGUUCUAGAAGAAGACGUCCAGGUGGAGAUGUCGGAAGGUUCCGAGAGCAAUAUCUACACGAUACGAAGUGAUCUAUUCCUCCAUGGCAACGUAUUGAAUAACGAGGAUAGCGAGCACAUGGGUGGCGCUGGACCGUUACUAGUUGUGCCGCAGACUGAUACAGACCUCGGUCUGCUCGACACACACCCUACCAUUGAUCUCAUGCAGGAGGAGUUAAUGUAUACAGACUCAGCAGUAGACGAAUCGUCGUUUCGCGUUUUCCUUUUGAGUGGCGAGGAGCUCGUCUAGAUGGCUAGCUACCACACAUCACAUGUUUCCCAUAUACUUGUGUAGUCAACAUUUAGAAUUCAAAAAAGUAAGAGUCAACAAAGUCUAGGUGUCAAUGAUUAGAUGCACAAACAAAAGCUAAGGAUAGCAACUAGUGGGUGUUACUUCUAUGUAUAAUGUACUUAAAUACUGAAGUAAAGGAGUUAUGUCGCUGUAAGUGAUAUUUGAACACG